AUGGUGUACUUUUCCUUCGGGACCGUCGCGGUGCCCCAGCCCGAGCAGAUCGUCCAGGUCGCGGAAGCCCUGGUCGCUCUCAAGCGCCCCUUCAUCUGGGCACUUCGCCCCUUUCUCCAGGAACACCUUCCGGCACAGUACAAGGUCUCCACCGCCGACAACUUCGACCCAAGCGCUCCGUACCUGAUUGUGCCGUGGGCGCCGCAGAAGCGCGUCCUGCAGCACCCUUCCGCGGGGGUCUUCGUCAGCCACUGCGGCUGGAAUAGCACGCUGGAGGCGGUGUCCUACGGGGUGCCCGUGGUGGGAUGGCCGAUGUUUGCCGACCAACAUCUAAACGCCAUUAUGCUGGAGCAGGCGGGGGCGGCGGUGAUGCUGAAGGGCACCGCGGUGAUUGGACGCGUUGUGCCCAAGGAGGAAAUCGUGGAUGUCGUGGAGACGGUGGGCGGAUGGAAGGGCAGUGAUGGGAUUAAUCAGUUCCGCGAUACGAUGCAGCAGUUGGCGCAGAAAGUGAGGGGGACUACAGCGCCGGACGGCCAGUCGACCAUGAAUUUUUUGUCUGUUGUCAAUCAAAUUUAACUGCGCCCUGAAUCCGCAGCCGGAAACAAGACAAUCGACCAAAUAGGAUAACUGUUUAUCUUGUCUUAACUAACUGGUACUAUUAUCGAUAACUUUAUUAUUAUGCUUUUCGCGAGUGCCGGAGGCUGCGUGUCACGUGGGUCGCGUUCAGUAGUCCUACGUUUUGUUAAUGUAUUUAAAGAAUAGUACAACAUUAAUACUCCUGCACUUCCGGAGCUCAACGUGGUUUGCUGUUAUCCGGCCUACGAAGCCGAAUAGGCGAAUACACCUGUAUUGGUG